CAAUUGUUGUUGAUCCUUUGUCCCUUUGGUCGGCUGGAAGAGCAAGCAUGUCGCUGUUGGGCACUCGGAGCACGUCCUUUUCGUUUGGGCAGCCGCCUGCGAAACAGCAAUUCAGCUUUGGAUCAAGCGGGGCAGGCGCCGGCGCAAAUACGCCCACGACGAGCCAGCCUCAGCAGUCGACUUCUUCGUUUGGCGGUUUCGGCCAGCCGGCGCAGCAGCAACCUCAACAGCAACAGACAUCCACGUCGUCGCUCUUUGGACCGAAGCCAGCCGGUACCAGCGGUGGGUUCUCGUUUGGACAGCCAGCGCAGCAACAGCAGCAGCAGCAGCAGCCGCAACAAGCGACGAAUGGCUUUAGCUUUGGGCAACCACAACAACAACAACAGCAGCAGCAGCAGGGAUUGACACAAGGGACGGCGGGGGGGAGCUUGUUUGGUGCUGGGACGGGAGGUGGUUUCGGAGGAUUUGGGCAGUCGGCGCCACAGCAACAACAGCCUCAACAAGGACUCCAACAACAAGGUGGCUCACUGUUUGGCCAGACGGGUGCCGGUGGAUUCGGGUUAGGCCAGUCUACACAACAACAACAACAGCCGUCAGGAUUUUCAUUUGGGUCCUCGACGCAGCAGCAACCCCAACAACAGCAACAACAACAGCAGCAGCAGCAGCAACUGCAGCAGUCUCAGCUGCAAUUUCAGCCUUCGGCGGCAGCAGGACCCUCCGUUGACCCUGCCUCGCCCUUUGCGCGGUACGGGUACCACCAACGGGAGCGCUUCAAUGAUCUGCCCGAAGACGCACGCAAGCUCGUCGAAGAGCUCGAUGCCCACAUAUCGUCGCAGCAGCGCCUCAAAGAGGAGCUUUCGUCGCGCGACUUUGGUGCCGAGAUCCGCAAGGCUGCCCAGGAAUGGAACGAGCUUACUGCCUCGCUCUCCAAUGUCUCGGCCACGCUCGAGCAGGACUCCACCGUGGCAAAGAGCAUCGCCGAGCGUGUCGAGACGGACCGGGCAGACUACGCGACCCUGUACGAGAUUGCGGUCAACUUCAAAGAAGGCAGAGGCGACGGUGCGCAAUGGGCCGCUUGGCCCGCCAGCUUCUUUGCCAAGUCUGCCAUGGAAUUUCGUGACAGGAUCAACCGUUACCGAGCAACGAUGGAGCAGAUCGAACGGCACCUCUCCUCCGUCGAUCAGCGCUUCUCGGCUGACUCGAGCCGGGUCACGGCGCAGCAUUCACCCCAGGCAAUCGCCGAUGUCAUCCGAGCGCAGCACACUAGCUUCAUGGCCCUAGCCUCCAACGUAGCGGCGCUGCAUUCAGAGGUCGAUGCGCUCAAGAAGGAAUACCAGAGAUGGUAUAGGCAGCAGCACAAUACCGUCAGGGAUCCCUUCAGCGCUUCCUUGAUGUAAUCUCUCUCUCUCUCUCCCUGCCUACCGCAAUCGCAUAAUCUACAUUUGACAAAAAUACAGCUGUAUCACUCUGUAGUCUACUUUG